GACAGAACUUAACCCGCGCCGGACGAAAAACCGCCAUUUAUUUCCUUGGUCAGCUGUUUUUUCUCCUCUGCGUGCCUCGCCAUGUACACACAGGAGCUCCUCGGGCAACGCGGUAUGAUGCCAUUUAGCGCCUUUUUUAAUGGGCUGACGGGCUACGUCCUAUGGCUCGACACUAGAUGGCAAAUGGGGUCGUCGGUCCCUCUGGAAGCUCAUCUACCCGUGAUUGACAUCACCAUCUGACCAAGGUUAACUAACAACGAGAGAAAUGCGCGCCUGAGGAAUUAAGCUUUGUGCGGCGACCUCGUAUGUUGCAGGUAUCUCGCUACUUCUCUUACUGUCUAGUUCGCAUCGUCUCCCCUGUUGUAUAACUUCCCUUUCUUUCCUAUCCGCUUCCAAAUACCACUGCUCCAUCCGCUUGGAAUUCCUCGAGCAUUAUCCAGCUGUAUUCAGAACAAUUGGGGGUUUCAGGCGCCAUGCCGUCCACUACCGAGACUCACUUCGAGCCUCACGCGUCGGCUCCCAACCCCAAGGCGGGAAAGGGAGCCACCAAACUUUUGCGGCCAUCUAGCAGUCCCGCAUUAGACAUCAUUGACAUACGUCAAGAGUCUGUGGAGCUGAAUCUCAAAGAGGAGAUACACAGCAUGUUACGCCCCCAAGAAGGCCCCCGGAGGAUGCCUACGUUGCUGCUAUACGACGAGAAGGGUCUACAGCUCUUUGAGAAGAUCACCUAUUUGGAGGAAUAUUACUUGACCAACUAUGAGAUCGAAGUUCUUCGGUCUGCGGCAGCUCAAAUGGCCCAAGAGAUUGCGUCCGGGUCAAUAUUGCUCGAACUAGGAAGCGGCAAUCUACGAAAGGUGCAGAUUCUCCUCGAAGCCAUCGAGGAUGCUGAGAAGAAAGUCGACUACUUUGCGCUCGACUUGUCAGAAGAGGAGUUGAUACGGACGCUUGCACAAAUCCCCCCUUUUCGACACGUGCAAUGUCACGGCCUGCUGGGAACAUACGAUGACGGACGCGAAUGGUUAAAGCGGCCAUCCAUUGCGGCUAGGCGCAAGUGUGUCCUGAGUCUUGGGUCCAGCAUUGGCAACUUCCAACGGGAUGAAGCCGCAUCAUUCUUGAAGGGUUUUACAGACGUUCUGCGCUCUACAGACUUUAUCCUCGUUGGAGUGGACUCAUGUGUUGAUCCAUCCAAAGUCUACCACGCGUACAAUGAUCGAGAAGGCGUGACUCAUCAGUUUGUCCUGAAUGGUCUUCGACACGCGAAUGAGGUCCUCGGAUCUGAAGUCUUCAAGGAGGAGGACUGGCGAGUCAUAGGAGAAUAUGUUUACGAUGCGUCUGGCGGACGUCACCAGGCGGCUUACUCCCCAAUCCGUGAGGUCACGGUGUUGGGUGAAACCAUUCGCGCUGAAGAGCGGAUUCAGGUAGAGCAAAGCUUGAAGUAUUCCAAGGAGGGAAUGGAGAGGUUGUGGAACGCCGCCGGCUUGGUUGAGCAGGCCACGUUCAUGCGUGGCAAGGAGUAUGGAUUGCAUCUCUUGACAAAAUCCACCAUGCCUUUCAGCUUGAAGCCCUCCGAGUAUGCCCACACCAACCUGGCCACUCCUGAAGACUGGAACGCAAUCUGGAGGGAAUGGCAUACAGUCACCCGAUUGAUGCUGCCCGAGGAGGAACUGACUGAAAAGCCCAUAAAGCUGCGGAACGCCUGCAUCUUCUAUCUUGGGCACAUACCGACAUUUCUCGACAUCCAGCUGACAAAGACCACCAAAACACCUGCCACCAAUCCUCUCUUCAAUUCUAUCUUCGAGCGCGGAAUCGAUCCUGAUGUGGACAACCCGGAGCUGUGUCAUUCACACUCGGAAAUUCCGGAUGAGUGGCCAUCUGUUGAAGACAUCUUGACGUACCAGGAACAGGUUCGGACCAGGUUGCUCCACUUGUACUCUAAGGGGCAAGAAAAAAUCCCGCGAGAUGUGGGAAGAGCUAUAUGGGUGUCAUUUGAGCACGAACUCAUGCACAUCGAGACACUCCUGUACAUGAUGCUACAGAGCGAUAAAACUCUGCCCCCACCUCACACACUGAAACCGAACUUUGCCUCGCUAGCUCAGAAUGCAUUUGCCGAAAGAGUGGAAAACCAGUGGUUCACAGUUCCUGAGCAACAGGUCACCAUCGGGCUUGACGAUCCCGAGGAUGUCUUGGACUCCACCGGUCACUUCGGCUGGGAUAACGAGAAGCCGUCUCGGCAGGUCAAUAUCCACUCGUUUCAGGCGAAAGGUGCGCCAAUCACGAAUGAGGAGUACGCGCAAUAUCUUUAUGCGAUGAAGAAAGCCAAGAUUCCUGCUUCAUGGGCAGAGGAAACUCAGAAGGAAGCUAAUGGCUCCAAUGGAUACGUUAACGGCGUCACCAACGGUGACUCCAAUGGUCAUGCGAAUGGCCACUCCAACGGCGCACAGUCACCGCCAAGUUCAUUCCUCGAAGGCAAAACAGUGAGGACAGUUUAUGGUCUGGUGCCACUGAGGCAUGCGCUUGAUUGGCCCGUGUUUGCCUCUUACGAUGAGCUUGCUGGAUGCGCUACUUGGAUGGGUGGCAGAAUUCCCACCGAGGAAGAGGCGAGAAGCAUCUACAGCUACGCUGACUACAUGAGAAAGGAGCAAGCGGAAAAUCAACUUGGAAAGACGGUUCCGGCGGUGAAUGGUCACCUUUCGAAUGACGGCGUCGAAGAAACCCCACCAUCACGCGCUACGAGGUCAGUCAACGGAGAGUCCCCAGGACUCUUCGUUGACCUCACUCAUGCUAAUGUUGGCUUCAAGCAUUGGCACCCAACUCCUGUGACGGCUCACGGCAACCGCUUGGCUGGACAAUCCGAAAUGGGAGGUGUUUGGGAGUGGACCAGUUCGACGUUGACCAAGCAUGCGAGCUUCGAGCCAAUGGCACUGUAUCCCCAAUACACUUCCGACUUCUUCGAUGGCAAGCAUAAUGUUGUCCUAGGUGGCUCCUGGGCCACACAUCCGCGCAUUGCUGGCCGGAGAUCGUUUGUCAACUGGUAUCAGCGUAACUACCCUUAUGCUUGGGUGGGCGCCAGACUGGUUCGGGACUUGUAACUCAGGGGCAACAAAUGCUCCUCACCCAAGCCAGUUUACAACCCUGGCAAAUUCGAUCAGAUCUGAGCAGCUCAACCUGGCUCGGCAAAUCAACAAGCCCUUCAACGCAGUACCUGGAUGGUCGAUAUUUGGCCAUGGCCUGAAAUGGUGGAUAAUGUCUUUCGUGUGUCAUUUACAAGCAAAAGAUUUCCUGCUUGGUAUUAAUUUAGGGGCUCUUCACAGUAACCAACAAGCCCACAAAAGUCACUCGUUGAGAUCUGUUUGGGGGUUGCCGGUUGUAGAUAUUUAAUAUCAUUUUGCAUACGAUUCGGUGGUCAUCAAUGUAAUAUUUCCUGA